ACAAAAAUUAACACCCCUUUUGCUUUCAUCAUAUUAACAGUUUGGGGAAUCUUUCCUUUUUUCUGAUUUCCUAAUUUAAUUAGGAAAGUAGCAUUAAAUUUUCCUAUUUAAUAAAAAGAAAUCUACAACCCUUUAUAAAAUCCAUUAGGGACACACAAGACGGAGAAAAUUCAUUGUUUAGUUUUCCUCUUCUACCAGAAGCUCUCGGGGCGGUUGUUAACUGAAUAAUUCUGGGAAUUAAGCUGUGAUAAUAUUUAUAGAUUCACUCAAUGGAUUUGAGAUUGAAACCAUUUACUACUAGUACUAGUACUAGUACGAAGAGGUUGAAACCAUGUGUAGACGAUAAUCCAGUAGUAGAAGAUAGGCUCACCAGUUUACCUGAUGAAUUGUUAAUUCGGAUACUUAGUUUGGUUCCUACCAAGGAUGCUGCUGCUACUUGCGUCUUGUCUAAGAAGACAUGGCCUGUUUUCCGUCAUAUGAUUAGCCUGGAGUUUGAUGAUUCACCUAUAUCCCAUUGUUUGAGACAUCCUUAUGCAGUUGAACGUUUCCCCAGUUUUGUCAACUUUGUGGAUAAUGUCCUCCAAUCAUACCAGUCUCAGUACCUCACCAGGUUUUGUCUUCGUAUGGGCAAGGACUUUCGAACUAGGUACUUCGGAGGUUGUGAACCAGCUAUGCGCAGAUGUGAGAAAUGUUGUUUGCCUGACUUGAAUCCCACACAAAUUAAUGCAUGGAUCUCUUUUCCAUUUACUGCUCCUAGUUGUGGUGGUGUAACUUUAAGGGAGCUUGAGCUCUGCAUUAACGUCAGGGAACCCGGUCAUAGUCAGCUUCCCCCGGAAAUCUUUACUUGUCAAACAUUGGAGGUAUUGAAGCUUGAUGUUAACCUUGGUCUUGACCUAGCUUACACCAUGCCAUCUUUUCAUCUUCCAAACUUGAAGUUACUGGACCUCCGUCUAUCUUUCAUCUCAGAAGAAAGCUUUGUGUCGAGGCUGGUUUCAAGCUGCCCUUUGCUCCAAGACCUCACUGUCAUAGCCUGGUUUAACCAUAUCCAUUCCAUGACUAUCUCUUCAACUUCUCUCAAGAGAUUGUGUUUAGACAUCUAUAUGCUCGAGAACGAAUUUGAUAACACUGAUUUUGUGCGUAUUCAUACUCCUAAUUUGGAGUAUUUUAAGUACAGUGAUAAUUUAGCAUUACACUACUCAAUCCCAAACAUGGAUCGUCUUGUCAAAGCAGAUAUCUUAAUGGGAUCCAACUUGCAAAUGGGAACACUUGAGGAAUCUACUAAGCAAGUGCUUAACUUUAUCAAACCCUUGUCUAAUGUUCAACAUUUAUAUCUGUUCGGCUGCUGCACAGGGGAACUAAACGUUCCAGGAGUAGAGGAUCAACUUCCCGUGUUUCACAAUUUGAAGUAUCUCAAGUUGGAUUAUGUUGGAUACACCUAUUGGGAUAAAGUGCUGUUGGCCUUCCUUAAUCGUUCACCUGUCUUAGAAACGCUUGUUUUUCCAUCGGGUAUAUCUGAUGCCUGUGUGGACCAACACGGGUGUGUAUCGGUAGUGGAAGAUGAUUUGGAAGCAGCGAGGAUGGAACGAAAAUUCUGCAGAAAAACUCUAGCAACUAUUCCAUGCUGUUGCAGGUCUUAUCUGAAAACAAUUGUGAUAUAUUCUUACUUUGGUGGUAUCAAACGGGAAAUAUAUUUGAUCAAGUUUUUGCUGAGACAUGCACUAGUUUUGGAGGAAUUAAUCGUAAUUCGAAAUGUUCGGUAUUCGAGAAGAGAUCCUAAGAGACUGGAGAGCAAGUUGCAAAAUUUACCAAGAGCCUCACCCAACUGUUUAAUUCAAGUGCAGUGAUCGAUAUUAUGAAACAAUGUUGAUUAGUUUUUGUAUUAUUAUAUUAUAUUAUUAUAAAUUUAUGAGAUCUUAUUUAUCACAUCAAUUUCAUUUUCUAAACAUGUAAGGAAAUUAAUGACAAACUUGGGCUAG